AUGAAUAAGCUCAUACUAGGAUCGGAAGAGGUUCCUCAAAUAUGUGAAAAAUGUCUUGGAACCAGCAAUACUAAUGAAAACAUCAGGAUGAAUGAAGUACCGAAUGGUGCAGCGUGCAAAAUCUGCACUUUGCCGUAUACACUCUAUCAUUUCAAAAAAUCUCAUAGGUCCGCAGAUAUUAUAAAAACUCUUAUUUGCAAGAAGUGUGCAAUACAGAGGAAUGUCUGCCAAUGUUGUAUGCUUGAUAUGAAGCUGCAUAUAUCUAUUCAGCUGAGAGACAAACUCAUGUCAAUAGUUAGUGGAAAGGAAACGAUUACUGAGGAAGCUAAAAACAUAAUGAUGAAGAAGUUCAUUGCAAUGAAGGGAGGUAGUCUUGGGAGCGCUGACCUGACCAGGAAUGUAGAUAGCAUUGAAGACAUAUUAUUAAAUCUACGAGAGAAGUUGGAAGGAAAGCCCCUGAAUGAUGAAAAUGAGCCGAUUUCCGCGCUUCAAAAUAAGGAACUAGGUGACAAUCCUCACUUAAAAUCGGUGGAUAUACAGCCGUACUGGGAUAAAUUUCCUUUACAAGAAACAUUUCCCAAUGCAAUACAAAUUCCAAAAGGUAACGACAGCUUCAAAUCAUUUUUCAUAUAUAAUAUCGAUUCCUCUGUUCCAGAAUGGAAAAUAUCGGAUAAAAUAACAGAAUUGCUGGGGUCAGAUAGCUGGAAGACGAAGGAAUCUAUACCAAUAAUUAUAAAUCAUAAAGCUAUGUGUGGUGCUUUUAGAAUCGGCAAUAAUGAGCUGAGUGAAAAAUUCUUGCAGACUAUUAAUAAUAGUGAUAACAUGAUACGCAUUAACCGCAGUAAUGGCUUAAGAAGAGGUAUUCUUAAAGUAGACCAUUUCCAGCUUUUUAUUAUCCCUUGGAAGCAAGGAUUCUCUGUAGAAUCUUUUGGUAGAACUCCAAAUGAGAGUAAGAAAAUAGCGUUUGCCUUAAGAGAAAUUAUAGUUGAGGAGAUGGGCGGCUUUAAAGAUAAGAAUGAUAGAUGCAAGGCCAAGGAGAAACCCAAGAAGAUAACUAAAAAAUCAAAAAAACGUGUAAAAAGUAUUAAAAUUUGA